AUGCAUCCUGCAAGACGGGCAUAUGUCAAUGAUGCCACAGAGGAUACGGAAAUGGGGAUUGAUUUAAAUGCUGUCCCGAUCGACCGGGACUAUGACAUGCCUGCUGCUGCUGCGGGCAUCCCCCCUGAGAAAGCUUCUGCUAUCCUGUCGCAAUUUUCCCGUCGCAGAAGAGCUGCCGCAAUUGCCGUUCCCACCGAAGAUAGUCGAGUUCGUGCCAGAUUACGCGAGCUUGGACAUCCCAUCACCCUCUUCGGCGAAGAUGCUACAGAUAGACGAGACCGCUUACGUGAGCUAUUGACGGACCUCGAGGAGCAUAAGGAGGCUGUUGACGCGGCUGCUGCUGAAGAUGGAGAGGAUGUAUCUAUGAAAGAGGGAAAGGACGGCGAUGAAGAAGAGGCAGAAGGUGAAGAAGAAUUCUAUACUGCUGGUGGACCAGAAUUAUUAGAGGCCCGGCAGAAGAUUGCUAGGUAUUCACUACCACGCGCGAAGGCCAGGGUUGAGCGGCAGAAAGAAGAAUCUACCAUCCCGCUACGGACACAUAUCAAACAUCGCAAAGCCGUGAAAGAGAAAUUACAGAGUUUUGAUCUCUAUGGUUCCCAAAUCGCGGGCGAGCGUCCAGUCAGCAUUUUGCGCUUUGCUCCGGAUGGUCAGACCCUAGCAGCGGGAAACUGGGGAGGAGGCAUUAAACUUCUCAACGUGCCAAAUUUAGAUGAAAAGGUUACAUUACGGGGCCAUACCGGAUCGCGUUGGAGGAAUUUCAUGGUAUCCAGUGCCACGAAUCCCGAAUCUACGUAUCAGAGUCAUCUGUCAACCUAG